AUCCUAGUUCUAGCCUCUAUCUUUUUUUCAUCAUUUUCUCUAUACCACUACUACAUACGCACCCCCCCUUCUCCCAUUUGGUCAUUUAGUUCCGACCUUGCCCAUUAAUGGAAUAAAUCAAGUCGUUUUCCCUGGGUCAAAAGUGGUAAAAGUGGUAAACGAAGGAUACCUGCGACUACAUACAUACAACUUGAACACCCCUCUCCCACCACUACCAACACUCCUCUACCGUCUCGUUCAAUGUCGGGUGUUUUCUAGUUCUCGUCAGCCCGUGGUUUCAUCAUUCGACCCAUUCAUUCUGAUUUUUUAAUUGUCACUAAAAAAAAAUCACCGCCGCCCCCCCUCUCCAAAAAAAAUAAGCAAGAACUAAAACUCUGUUUUUCUCUUACCCCCAGUACCGACAGGAUUGUACCUACCUUAAAGGUAGAGAUGGACAGCCACAGUGCUAACCCAAAUGUUAAUCUGCAGCAGCAACUACAGCAACAACAGCAACAACAACGCCGUAACAGACUGACUAAGAAACCUCCAUCUCAACAUCACAACCAUAGUCAUAGUCGGGGGCAUAGUUUCUCACUCACCGCUGAUGGUCGCUUUGACGCCCAAUCCAUUCAGAGCAAACGGAGCUCCACGAGUCUGAGGCGAGCUCCAAGCGCUCCCCACAGAACUCCCGCUGCCGCUGCCGCCGCCGCUGGUAUUGGUGCUGGCAUUGGCGUUGGUACAGCCACUACCGCUUCCGCUUCCAUUAACACAAAUUAUAACACCAUUAACAAAACCACCACUACCACCACAACCACCACAACGCCUAACGUUCCAGUUAACGUGGGCAUUAACAACGCGUCGAACUCCUCCGCACCAUUGCCAUUACAAUCACCCCGUCAUCUACAAUCCGUCUCUACUAACAAUAAUUAUAACAAUUACAAUAAUUACAACAACGAUUAUACCACCCACUCUUCGCCAAUACUAUCUCCCGCUCAAUUUUUGCCCUCCACAUUUUCGACUCCUCAUCACCUAGCCUCGUCUUCACCCACGCAUUCCCCCUCCAGCAGUGUAUUCCCUGUCGUCUCUUCUAACGGUCCCCGAAUUGGACCUGGUGCUAGUAAAGGAAUAGGAAUAGGUAUUGGGAAAUCGAAGCCACGAGACCAGCGUUUGUCCGAUCCUCAUAUUCUUUCGCCCCUCUCUUCACAGACGCCUGAAGAAUUUGUCGGUGCGCCCUUUGACGGCAACUUCAUCCUAAACCACUUUGAGGCUACCAAGUCGCCGACAUACCAGUAUUCCUCCACCCAUCCUCAUACUCCUACCCACAACCCUAACCGUCCCGCACCACCCCCACCAUCGAAUUCGAGUCCCGACCCACGUGUAAUGAGUCCUCCUCUACGACAAUCCGCUAGCUUUUCCGCUCUCGACGCCAUCAACAUGUCGGAGAAGUCCCAUGGCGCGCGCAUCAACGAGAACCAAGUCGUCCCUCCAAAACGAUACUCGGAUGAGGGUAAAGAACUGAAGGGGCCUGGCGUAUUAAGAAAGAAAUCAGGCUUCUCGGGUCUCAUGAGUACAUUGGUGGGGUCGCAAAAAAAGCCUGUUAUAUCCGCACCCGAGAAUCCCGUUCAUGUCACCCACGUCGGUUAUGAUAGUUCUACUGGCCAAUUUACUGGUUUGCCAAAGGAAUGGCAACGUUUAAUCAACGAGAGUGGUAUUCCAGAGAAUGCUCGAAGGGAAAACCCACAGAUGAUCGCCGACAUCGUCACCUUUUACAAGGAAACUACAGAGAAACCACAUGAAGAUCAAGUGUUAGAGAAAUUCCAUGAUGUUAGAGCUCAGGAGCUGCGCGCCCCCUCUGGUGGAAUGGCAACAUCCCCCGGCAUGUAUGCAUCAAACUAUGCGGGUAUGUCACCUAUGAUUAGUCCACCAGCAAGUCCGAGAUUUCCAAUCGUGAAUAAUGAAGGCACCUUCGAGAAUCCCCGAGCCCCUCCUCCCGUACCCGUCCCUGGGAAGAGUCCCGCACUGCACUCCCUCAAGGAUCAUCCCAACUUGCAGCCCAGUCGACCCGCGCCGAAACCCCCCGUCUCUUUGCAGACGCGAGCUGCACAGCAAUCGCCUUACGCUACCAAGGACUCGGGCAUUGGCAUGGCGCAAGCAGGCGAAGAUAUGCACUCGCCUCUUACCCACACCCAGUCACUGAAGGAUAGUGUUCCCAUGCUCCCCGAAGAGCACCGAUCGAGAUCGAAUUCGCGAGUAAAUGGAAAUCAACCACAUACCCCAGUCAGCCAACAAUUACCUACUCAGACAUUGUAUCAGCAGCAAUUGAUGCAGCAUCAACAGGAGCAGGCAAUGGCCCAAGCCCAGGCCGCCAUGAAGGGCCAACUAGGUAGAUCUGCAAGCACCAAGCAACCCCUGACCCAGCCGAUGCCGCCAAGUUCGCAACACCCCAUCAACCGUCCGCCAGAGGCCAAUGGUGUAGGCGGCGCCGGUCAUCCAGCUCGCGCCGGUCCUCCAGCACAGCAAUCGCGUCCCCGCCAGAGGGCACGACAGAGCAGCAGCAUAGAUGUUGCAGCUGCUUUGAAGCGCAUCUGCUCUGAGGGCGAUCCCCGCGAACUCUACCGUGGUUUCAAUAAGAUCGGACAAGGCGCUUCUGGGGGUGUAUACACCGGCCAUGAACGAGGAUCGAACCGACUCGUAGCUAUUAAACAGAUGAACCUUGAGCAACAGCCAAAGAAAGACCUUAUCAUCAACGAGAUUCUAGUUAUGAAGGAGAGUUCACACCCAAACAUCGUUAACUUCAUAGAUAGCUACUUGUGUGGCGGCGAGCUAUGGGUUAUUAUGGAAUACAUGGAAGGGGGCAGCUUAACUGAUGUGGUAACUUUCAACAUAAUGACGGAGGGGCAGAUAGCGUCUGUCUGCAGAGAAACCUUGAAAGGUCUACAACAUCUACAUUCUAAAGGUGUUAUACACAGGGAUAUCAAGUCUGACAACAUCCUACUUUCGUUGGAUGGUAAUAUCAAGCUCACCGAUUUCGGGUUUUGUGCACAGAUCAACGAGGCGCAUAACAAGCGUACUACGAUGGUUGGAACCCCGUAUUGGAUGGCGCCAGAGGUUGUGACAAGAAAAGAGUAUGGAAGGAAAGUCGAUAUAUGGUCUCUGGGCAUCAUGGCAAUCGAAAUGAUCGAGGGCGAGCCACCAUAUCUUACAGAAUCACCUCUACGGGCAUUAUGGUUAAUUGCCACCAACGGUACACCUCAGAUUAAGGAGGAGCAUAAUUUAUCUGCAGUAUUCCGAGAUUUCCUGUACUUUGCCCUCAAGGUAGACCCGGAGAAACGUGCGAGCGCGCACGAUUUGCUGAGGCACGACUUUAUGAAGACAUGUGUUGACCUGGCGUCUUUAUCUCCACUUGUCAAAGCUGCCAGAGAAGCUCGACUAGAGGAGAAGGCCAGUAAAGGCCAAUGAGGUAACCCGCCAACCCAACGGUGUUAGGGCGUUCUUUAUUUUUCCUUUUUAGGAGACGUUUUGGAGAAGUUGGAAUAAUUCGACGUACUCGACUCUAGAGGGAUUGAAUAAGUACAACUACGACUAUCCUGAAGCUCAGGAGUACAUCUUGCGAAACCUUAGCUGUUUUGCGAUAUCUCUGGCCAUAGGGAUGACUACGUUAUUUCCCGAGUCCACGUGGAAGUUAUGUGAAGGAUACUAGAGGGGAGAUGUUGGGCGGCAGGUGAUCGGGGUUUCGAUAUCAUCCCUUGGAGAGGCCGCCCUUAACUACUUUUGUACAUAGAGAGACGAUACCACCACCACUAUCACCACCCUCUUCCUUUGGACGAAUUAACUUCUCCAUUGGACACUAGAGAUGAGAGCUAGACGAUACGGACUGUAUGUCCUCGAUGAUAUGGCAUGUCUGAACGAAUGCCUUAAUACGAAGGACAUUUGCGCGCGCGAAAAAA